CGGUGUUGAUGGAACAGAGGCAAAACAAUCGGACACUUGCCUGUGCCCUUGUUAUCAUCGAUCUAUUGUCUGUGGUACAAAAGCACUGCCCGAUGAUCGUACCGGAUUCAUUUGAAAAGUGGUGCGCGAAAUAGAAACUAUGUGAUACUUGUGCUUAGGUUGUGCAAAUUCGAUUGAUUGGGCUCAUCGAUCGUGUGUCGGAAGUGGUGUAGGUUGUUUAAUGACAAAAUAGGCAAACAAGUGCUAAACAUGUUUACCGCAAGCGAUAAAGAACUUGUAGCGGACAAGAAGAAACCUGCAGAAAAUGAGUGGAUCUGCAUGAUGGAAGGCAUUUUCAACACGCUCAACCACACCAUGAUCGGGGUAGUCUGCAUCUAUACCAGCUGGUUGUGUUGGAUAAAUGGAUUCGAGAAGCUGUACACCUGGCACGUGUUUCUCACGCUAAUCGGGUACCAUCUACUAAUGGCCGAAGGGAUUGUGUUGCUGUACAGUGGCAACGGUUGGACGCAGAAGCUCACCCACUCACACAAGCGCACCGUCCACUGGCUGAUCGAGGUGGUAGGUUGCAGUUGCUGUGUGGUAGGCAUUGCGCUCGAGAUUUACUUCCGCGAGUCCACCAACCGGCGACACUUUUCGUCGACGCACAGUAUCGUGGGGCUUGUAUCGCUCGCAUUCCUCGCCCUUACGCUGGUAAAUGGGCUGAUGGCAUUGUUUGCGCCCGAGCUUCGACGACGCAUUCGACCGAUCUACUCCAAGCUGGGCCACUAUCUAACCGGCACGGUGUGCUACGUGCUGGGCAUGGUGGCGAUCGUGCUGGCGUAUGAGAAAAAAAUCUACCGUCAGAACACCAUCUCCGAGGGCAUAACGAUGAUGACCGUGUUCACGAUAGCGGUUACAGUCCUCAGUAUGGUGGGGGUGGUGAAAACGGUCUACAAUCAAGUGAAAACACUCGCAAAAUAAGCUGUCCUUAAGGUUUGGUUGGUAUGGUGGGAUAACUAUGCAAUAGUGUUUUAGAAUUUACUAUCGCGAAAUUAUUUUAUUCAGAUGUAUAGUAUGUCAGGCAAUAUAGAAUAGAUGCAUUAAAAAUAUAUUACAUGAUUAAAAUGUAAAAAAAUGAAAUUACUAUAAAUUAUACUUUUUAAUCAACAAGUAUUUAGACAUCAUCCAAAACGUCAGGUUCUCCAAGCCCAUCUACCGAAAGAGGGU